UCUGUUUGCUUUAUUCUAUACUUUUGCCAUAAUGGCCACUGCAAGCACUGCUCCUGUUGAGCGACUCCGUCAGUCAAUCCCCACCCCCUUUUACACUAGACGGCUACUAAAUCCCGUAGAGAGAGUCGAUUCGCAGCCGGAGAACCCCUACGCCAGCUUGAUUGAGGAUCAGCACAUUGCCGUCAUCCCUUCUUUCACACUCGAGUCCGGUGUUACAUUAUACAAUGUACCUGUUGCCUACACCACGCGGGGUAUUCUGAACUCCAAGGGCGACAAUGCCUUGGUCAUUUGUCAUGCAUUGAGCGGCAGCGCCGAUGUCGCCGAUUGGUGGGGCCCACUCCUCGGCGGUCCGGGUCAAGCAUUCGAUGUGUCACGAUUCUUCGUCAUUUGUUUGAACAGCUUGGGCAGCCCUUACGGGAGCGCCAGCGCCGUGACAUACAAGGAUGGUAAGCCUGAAAAUGGCUACUAUGGACCCGAGUUUCCUUUGACCACCGUCCGUGACGAUGUGAACAUUCACAAGAUGGUCCUGGACGAUUUGGGUAUCAAGCAGAUCGCCGCCGUUGUCGGAGGUUCCAUGGGUGGCAUGCUUACCCUGGAAUAUGCCUUCUUUGGCAAGGACUAUGUUCGGGCGAUUGUGCCAAUUGCGACAUCCGCACGCCAUUCUGCAUGGUGCAUUAGCUGGGGUGAAGCUCAAAGACAGAGCAUCUACUCUGACCCCAAGUAUGAUGAUGGAUACUACCCGUUCAAUGAUCCUCCUGCUAGUGGUCUUGGAGCAGCCCGCAUGUCAGCACUUCUCACAUACCGUAGCCGAGACUCCUUUGAGUCGCGAUUUGGUCGCAAUGUUCCCGACCCGUCCAAGCGGGUUAACAUCAAUGGCGGUGAGAAGCUGCCUACUCCUCCCAAUGAGCACUGGGCCAUCCACAAUGAUGGACACCGGACUGGUGCGACAUCUCGCUCUGGGAGCCGCCAGAAUUCGCCAGUCCCUCAGACUCAGGCCGAUGUUCAAUUCAUGGACCCUCAAUUUUCAGGCACCAAGACUUUCUCUCCGGAGGUUUCAGCAGUGAAGACGGACUCUGCCGGUCGCCCGCGGCCGCCAACUUAUUUCUCGGCGCAGUCCUACCUUCGCUACCAGGGAGAUAAGUUUGUCAAGCGCUUCGAUGCCAACUGCUACAUCGCUAUGACCCGCAAGCUCGACACGCACGAUGUGUCCCGCCACCGUGCCAGUGUGGAAUCAGAGGACCGUGUUCGCGAGGCACUUGCCUCGAUUAAGCAACCUGCUCUGGUGUUAGGCAUUGAAUCUGAUGGCCUAUUCACUUUUGCUGAGCAGCAAGAGGUUGCGGCCGGAAUUCCUGAUUCCCGCCUUAAGCGUAUCGACAGCCCGGAGGGUCACGAUGCCUUCCUCUUGCAGUUCGAGCAGGUCAACCGCCACAUCGUGGAAUUCUUCCACGAGGUUCUGCCCGAUAUCAUGGCCCAUACUAGUGCGGAGGGUGCCGCUGCUGUCGCAAGCGUCACCAAGCUCACCAAGAGCAGCACCUUCGGCGAAGCCGAGGUGGAGGACAUUACCGCGUGGUAA